AUGUCCAUAUCGGUGUCCAGUCCGCUCCUCUCUGUGCACCGCGACAUUACUCCUCCAGCCAUGCCCGACGCGGGCGUGGCUCACCUCCACGAUCGCCUGAACUAUUUGGAUUCCCGAAUAAGCGAACUACGCUCUGUGAUAUUGACCAAAGACUCGUACGUUGAACGCCGCAACAGAGAAGAUCUAUACAUCCGACGCGAGUUUGAAACGCAAAGAACGAUAUCUGAACGUAUCGAUGUGGGCGUGACCAUACUCAAAACCGAAUUAAACCAGAUCCGUAACAGCGUCUCAUCACUGAACGGCGAUACGGCGUUUUUACGAAACGAUGUCGCCCGUCUCCAGAAGAACGUUCAACAGUUGCAAGUCGAUACCGCUUUUCUACGUAACGACGUCACACGCCUCCAAAAGAACGUCCAGCAGAUCCAGAUCGAAUUGGAAGCUUUGAAAACGGAGGUGGGUGGUUGUCGUACGGAGAUCAAGCAGUUGCACACGACAGUUCAGCAAUUACAUACGGCAGUCAAUCAAUCCGAGCGCGUCCGGUUCAAUUCGUUGGCAACAACAGUCCACGCCCCCAUUAAUGCUGUGCCCAAGAUCGAUCAGGAUGGAACGUUACGAUAUCCUGAUUACUUUCCCAGAACCGUUUGGCGUUUCUGGUGUCUGAAGAAACGAAGUCGUCUCCAUCGCCUGGUUGAGCUUGCCGAAUUCUUCGAAGUCGAAGGAUACGAGUACUGGGGUCGAGACCACCACAAUGAUGUUCCGUGGGAUGACGACGAUGAUUCAAGCGACUAUAGCGAUCGGCCAAACAAUCUUACACGUGCAGAGGCAGCUUAUCAAUAUCCUGAAGCUUGCCAUCAGGCACUGGCGGCCAUCUGGGGAUUGAAUUAUCACAAGAUCCGCAAGGCUGUUGGAGAAAGUCCUAAUUCGCGGAUGGCGAGCACCCCUGCCCCCAAGAGACCGGCCGAGGACAUGGUCUCUAACCCUCAUGUAUCGACCAGACCGAAGCCAGUCAAACUUGCCAGACGUCUCGGCGACGUCUCGCCAACCAUGCUACAGAAGCUCGUUUAUGGCGUUCCAUCUGUAGCAUCCAAAUCAGUCUCAUCGGAACUUGAAGACAAGCUCGUCUGGCGCGAGCAUGGGGGGUCUGAGAUAUCAGACGAAGCACUGUCCAAGUUGAAGGGCCUUUCGAGCGACAUUGGAUCCAUACUGCGCGCCAUUGAACGUGGGAAGCUACACGUCAAAUCAGACCAAAUGCACAUUUCGCCUACGGAGUCUCGCCCACGUGGAGAAGCAGAUAUCAAGGGCGAGAGUCCCGAAGCGAUGGCUGUCGAAGAAGAGGUACGCUCUACACACACCGUCUCGACCGAGAUCAUAUCACCUACCGGAUCGCUCCCGGAUACAGCAAGCAUGCUGUCCUGA